AUGCGGGACGCUCGGUGUAUCCCGGGCACUGCUCUGCACCACCGACCCGUGGGAGAGCCCAUCCCGCACCCCGAUCCUGCUGGGAAGGGGGAUCGCCGGAUCCAGCAGUGCAGCAGAGUCCCAGGGAGCCGAAUCCAGCUGAGCAAAGCCCGGCCAUCGGGGAGCAGAGCGUGGAAUACCCAUGGUUCUGGUGGCACAGGAACUGCCUCUCAUGUGCCUGAUGCUGCUCCUGCUCUGCAGAGAACCGGGUGUGGAUGCCCAGGCAGGUCAGGACUUCACUCUGCAGCAGCCCCAGCCCAAGGUGGCGGUGACAGCGGGGGAGACGCUCACCCUGAACUGCAUCACGUCUGGAGUUGCUGGACCAGGAACGUUCAGCCUGAGGACAUGGGCACCUACUACUGUGUGAAGUUUGUCAGGGGGAUCACUGGUGCUGAUGAGGUGUUUAAGCGUGGUGAUGGCACCGAGGUGUCCGUGCAAGCCAAACCCAGCCCCCCGCUCGUGUCCGGACCUCAGCAGAGAGCGAGGCCGGAGGAGUCGGUGCCUUUCACUUGCACGACUGGAGGGUUCUUUCCUGAGAAGAUUGAGGUGAAAUGGUUCAAGAACAAGAACCCCAUGGGGGCUCAGCCGCCCCAGGUCACUGAGUGGAGGAUGAAAACCUACAACAUGUCCAGCACAGCGCAGGUGACCCUGCAGAAGGACGAUGCCCGCUCGCAGCUCACCUGUGAGGUGUCGCACUCCACGCUGCCGGCCCCGCUGCGAGGGAGCUUCCAGCUCAGCAGGGUCCUGAGAGUUCCCCCCAGCGUCGAAGUGCGCGCUGAGCCGAGCCCCGUUGAGGUGAACAAGACCGUGGCCUUCACCUGCCUCCUGAAGGAGUUUUACCCAGCUAAAGUGUCUGUUUCCUGGCUGGAGAAUGGGGCUGAGAUAAAGGGGCAGAACCUCUCCAGGCCACUGGAGGUGUCCCGGGGCUUGUUUGAGCUGAGAAGCCGGGUGGAGGUGCAAGCGACGGAGGAGAAGAACGGGUCCACGAUCACCUGCAUGGUGGUGCACGAUGCCCAGGCCCCUGCCACCUACUCAGCCGUCCUGUGGAUCUCCAACCCGACCCAAGGGGGAUUGAGCAACGAGUUCCAGAUGAAUAAGGGUACGAACCUUCUGUCCAGCCUCCUCCUCCUCCUGUGGAUGGGUAUCCUGCUGGAGAAGGGGCUCCUUGGGGCGCUCCUCUUCUUCCUCUUCAAGCACAUGAAGAGAAAAGCAUCGUAGAUGUUUCCCUAUCCUGUUUCACCGCAGUCCCUGUCUCCUGGAGCCGGGUCCCAGGCCUUGGCCACUGCCAGCAGCGACGUGUGAACCUGGAAAUAAAUGAGCCAGCACGCACAGGCUGCC